UUGGUACAACGAAAAGCCUGCUGCACCACCUCCGCCGCAUCAUCAUCACCGGCGAAAACGAUUCUUACACAAGCCACCAGGUAUCCUAGCUAGUUAAUGGCGUAUCAUCCUAACCAUAUCUCCCAAGAUAUGGCCCUGCAACAACAUUUCUCCGACACCGACAACAAUUCCGUCCUCCGAACGAUUCUACCAGAACAUCACCACCUCGCAUCCGCCGCUCAGUCCCCAUCUUCUUCCCGUUCCGCCGGUAAAGACCACUGGCUCAAUAGCGCAAUUCUCCGACAACAAGGCCAGUUCGGCGGUGACGGUAAUAAUAAUAAUAGUAACAUCUUCCUCAACCUACAAACGAACAAUAAUAAUUCAGAUUCUGCUGCUACAACAUCGUCUCAGCACCACCAACAGCAAUCUGGUAAUAAUCAGUGGCUGUCGAGAUCGAUACUACAGAGGAACGUUAGUGAUGUUAGAGGAGACGACGGAAUUCCGCAAGUUUCUAAUGAUUCAAUCAUGGCCGCUACAGCUGUGAAUGUCAUGUCUUCUCACAAUUCACCUGAUUUGAACAAUCAUUCUAGAAACGUCGCUGCCGGUCAGGUAGAUAAUAAUGUCGGAGGAGAGCUGGGAGAGACUGAGGUAGGUGCCGGCGACGGCGGUGGUGGAGCCUUGAUGAACUGGCAAAAUGCGAGGCAAAAAGCAGAGGUAUUGUCGCAUCCAUUGUACGAGCAGUUGUUAGCUGCUCAUGUGGCUUGUUUACGCAUCGCCACGCCGGUGGAUCAGCUGCCCAGAAUUGAUGCACAGCUUGCGCAGUCGCAGCAGGUGGUUUCAAAGUAUUCUGCUCUUGGAGGGCAUAAUAAUCUUGUUCAUGAUGAUAAGGAGCUUGAUCAAUUCAUGACACAUUAUGUUCUGUUGCUUUGUUCUUUCAAAGACCAGUUACAACAACAUGUUCGAGUGCAUGCAAUGGAAGCAGUUAUGGCCUGCUGGGAGAUUGAGCAGUCCCUACAAAGCUUAACAGGAGUGUCACCUGGAGAAGGCACAGGUGCAACAAUGUCUGAUGAUGAUGAAGAUCAGGUAGAUAGUGAUGCCAAUUUGUAUGAUGGAAGUCUGGAUGGACAUGACAGCAUGGGUUUCGGUCCUCUUGUCCCAACGGAGAGUGAGAGGUCAUUGAUGGAGCGUGUAAGGCAAGAGCUAAAGCACGAGCUGAAGCAGGGUUAUAAGGAGAAGAUUGUGGACAUAAGAGAGGAGAUACUACGCAAGAGGAGGGCAGGGAAACUGCCUGGUGAUACCACAUCUGUUCUAAAAGCUUGGUGGCAAUCACAUGCCAAAUGGCCAUACCCUACAGAAGAAGACAAGGCACGGUUGGUUCAGGAAACAGGCCUACAAUUGAAGCAGAUAAACAAUUGGUUUAUCAAUCAGAGGAAGCGCAACUGGCACAGUAAUCCUUCUUCUUCCACAGUCUUGAAGAGCAAACGCAAAAGUAGCAAUGCAGGUGACCGUGAUGGUGAUCAUGUCAUGUAAAUCAAGAAAAGUACUUUCUGGAAGUAACCACUUCAUGAUUUCUCUGCCAAGAAUAUACAGAACAUCUGUACAUGUAAGUAACCUAUAAGCAUGCCGUGCCACAUACAAAUGCAACAAAGAUGAAGUUGUCGAGCAGCUUAUACCAAAGGGGGAAGGACCAUUCGAGAACAUGUAUAGGAGAUCCAAUGAUCCUGUUUAUUAAGGUAUACACUUAAAAUUUAUAUAUAU